AUGGACGCACCACCACCGUCGUCGGCGCCACGCGUGUCCAUGGCGUGCGUGCUGACGUCGGAGGUCGCCACGGUGCUCGCCAUCAUGCGCCGCAACGUCCGCUGGUCCGGCGGCCGCUACGCCGGCGACGAGCUCGACCACCCCCUCAUCGCGGGGCUCAAAUCCCUCCGCCGCGCCGUCGCCACGUGGGACCCGAGCCGGUGGGGGGACGUCGAGCCGCUCCUCUACCUCCGCCCCUUCCUGGACCUCGUCCGCUCCGACGAGGCCGGCGCGCCCACCACGGGCGCCGCGCUCUCGUCCCUGCACAAGAUACUCUCCCUCGACCUCGUUGGCCCCGACGCGCCCAACGUUGCCGAAGCCAUGGCCGCCGUCGUGGAGACCGUCACGGCAUGCCGCUUCGAGGUUACUGAUCUGGCGUCAGAGGAGGCCGUCCUGGCUCGGGUCUUGCAGGUGCUGCUCGCCUGCGUCCGUGCCCGCGCCGCGCCGGCGCUCUCCAACCGCCACGUCUGCGACAUCGUCAGCACCUGCUUCCGCGUCGUGCAGCAGGCUGGUACUAAGGGAGAGCUGCUACAGCGUAUUUCCCGCCAGACUAUGCACGAGGUUGUACGCUGUGUCUUCGCCCGCUUGCCGGACAUUGAUGCCACCGCGGCUGAAGACCAGCAGAUUGCUGGUAGCAAGCAACAAUGUUUCAGUGCUAGCAAGAUGGGGAAUGGUAAUGAUUCUGUGUGCUUGAGUAGUUCCAAGGAUGAAGUGGAAGGUAAAUCUGGUGUUGUGCAAGACAAAGCUAUGAUGGAGCUGUUUGGGGUUCCUUGCAUGGUAGAAAUAUUGCAGUUUUUGUGCUCUCUUUUGAACAUAGCUGAAGACAAUGAGGUGAACCCAAGGAUGAAUGCAGUUGACUUUGAUGAGGAUAUGCCACUCUUUGCUCUGGGGUUGAUCAAUUCUGCUAUUGAGCUAUCAUCUUCAUACAUACACAGACACCCCAAACUACUAUGUUUUUUACAAGAUGAACUGUUCCGCAAUCUAAUGCAGAUCGGCCUGUCAAUCAGCCCCUUGAUUCUAUCGACGGUAUCCAACAUUAUUUUUACCCUCUUCUACCAUUUACGCCAGGAACUUAAGCUUCAACUUGAGGCUUUCUUUGCAUGUGUGAUCCUAAGACUAUCCCAGAGUAGAUAUGGAGCUACUUAUCAGCAGCAGGAAGUUGCCUUGGAGACUAUAGUGGAGUUUUGCCGACAGAAAGAGUUUAUGGCUGAGAUGUAUAUGAAUAUGGACUGUGAUUUACAGUGCUCUAAUGUUUUUGAAGACCUAGUUAACAUUCUGUCUAAAAGUGCAUUCUCUGUGGAAGUUACUUUGUCACCUUUGAAUGUGCUAUCUUUGGAUGGUUUGCUUGCUGUCAUUCAGGCAAUAGCACAGAGGACUGGCAAUUCACCUCAGCACUGCCAGCAAACGGUAGAAGAAAUGAGAGAGUAUUUUCCUUUUUGGCAGUUGAAGUGUGAGAACAUUAAUGAUCCUAAUCAAUUGGUUAGAUUUGUUAACCAGCAGAAAAGCAUCAAGAGAAAGCUGAUGGUUGGUGUUGAACAUUUCAAUACGGAUAAAAAGAAGGGUUUUGAGUAUUUGCAAGGUGCUCAUCUCUUGCCUGAAAAACUUGAUCCACGUAAUGUCGCCCUGUUUUUCCGCUACACACCUGGAUUAGACAAGAAUCUUCUUGGGGACUAUCUGGGGAAUCAUGAUGAGUUCUCCAUUCAGGUCCUUCAUGAAUUCUCUAAAACCUUUGACUUCAAGGAGUUGAACUUGGAUGCUGCCCUAAGGCUCUUCCUGGAAACCUUCCGGCUGCCUGGUGAAUCACAGAAGAUACAAAGGAUUCUUGAGGCCUUUUCUGAGAGGUACUAUGAGCAGUCACCAAAAUUGUUUGUUAACUGUGAUGCCACUCUGGUGCUGUCAUACUCAGUUAUCUUGCUCAACACGGAUCAACACAAUGUACGGGUUAAGAAGAAGAUGACCGAGGAAGACUUCAUCAGGAACAAUCGCCAUAUCAAUGGUGGGAAUGAUCUUCCAAUGGAGUUCUUGUCUGAGAUAUAUUAUUCUAUUUGUAAAAAUGAAAUCAAAACCAUUCCCGACCAAGGAGUGGGAUGUUCUGAGAUGUCAUUUAGCCGCUGGGCUGAUCUGAUGUUUAAGUCAAAGAGGUCAUCAGCUUACAUUGCUUGUCACUCCUACCCUUUUCUUGAUCAUGACAUGUUUCUUAUCAUGGCCAGGCCAACAAUUGCUGCUAUCUCAGUGAUUUUGGGUAAUGUUGAGCAAGAAGAGAAUCUUGCGAGAUGCAUUGAUGGUUUUCUGUCAGUGGCUAGGCUGGCUGCAUUCUAUGAUCUUAACGAUGUGCUGAAUGAUCUUGUUGUGGAACUUGGCAAGUUCACCAUUGUGUGGAACGCUUCCUAUGAUGAUCCUGUAACAGCUUUUGGUGAGGAUACCAAGGCUAGAAUGGCAGCGGAGGCUCUUUUCACUAUAGCAACUAUUCAUGGUGAUCACAUAAACACAGGAUGGGGAACCAUAAUUGAUUGCAUUUUAAGAUUUCACAAGACAGGCCUUGUUCCUGCUCGCCUCUCUAACGAUACAGCUGAUGAUCAGGAGCCCUCUUCUGCUUCAUUGCCUAGCAAGAUUUCCUCUUCAUAUUCCGCUGCAUCUCAAGUCAUGCCAGUCAGCACUCCUAAGAAAACAUAUGGGCUAAUGGGGAGGUUCAGUCAACUAUUGUAUUUAGAUACCGAAGAGCCAAAGUUCCAGCCAACCGAGGAGCAGCUUGCUGCUCAGAGGAAUGCUUCAGAGACCAUAAAGAAGUGCCAAAUAGGUACAAUCUUCACCGAGAGCAAAUUCUUACAAGCUGACUCACUCUUGAAUCUGGCAAGAGCCCUCAUUAAGGCGGCUGGCCAACGUCGGAAGAUCUCCAGCUCGAUAGAUGAUGAAGACAAUGCAGUCUUCUGCUUAGAGCUGAUCAUUACUGUUGCAUUAAAUAACAGAGAUAGGAUUGUCCUUUUAUGGCAUGAUGUUUAUGAGCACAUAACUCAUAUUGUUCAGUCCACAGUGACGCCCUGCAAUCUUGUGGAGAAAGCUGUUUUUGGCCUCCUGGACAUUGUUCAUCGUUUGCUUCCUUAUAAGGAGAAUCUUGUGGAUGAUUUACUGAGGUCGCUUCAGUUAAUCUUGAAACUCGAUGCUCGUGUGGCUGAUGCUUAUUGCGAGAACAUUACCCAGGAGGUUACACGCCUUGUCAGAGACAAUGCAACACAUAUCAAGUCCCAGAUUGGUUGGCAAACUAUCAUUUCCUUGCUGUGCAUCACUGCUCGCCAUCCAGAUGCUUCUGACGCUUGUUUUGAAGCCCUAGUUUUUAUCAUGUUUGAAGGAUCACACCUCUCACCUGCGAACUUUGUCCUUUCGGUGGAGGCCUCAAGACAGUUUGCGGAGUCUCGGCUUGGGUCUGCAGAAAGAUCUAUCCAUGCUUUGAACCUAAUGGCGGAAUCAAUGAACUGUCUUACACGCUGGUCACAUGAGAUUAAGGAAGCUAGUGGAGAUGCGGCAAGGAUGUCGGAAGGAAUUAAUGAGAUGUGGCUGCGGCUAAUUCAGGCUCUACGGAAGAUGUGCACAGAUCAGAGGGAAGAAGUGAGGAAUCAUGCUCUGUUAUUGUUGCACAGAUGCUUAGUAGUUGAUGGAAUGUCAGUUUCAUCUUCAGCAUGGUUGAUGUCAUUUGACAUUGUUUUCCAGUUGCUCGAUGAAUUUUUAGACAUUGCACAGACUUCCUCACCAAAGGAUUUCAGAAACAUGGAGGUGUCUCUCUUACAUGCUGUAAAACUGUUAUUCAAAUUAUUCUUGCAGUCGCUUAAUGAUCUUUCAGCACAGAGCAGUUUCAGUAAGCUGUGGUUGGAAGUCUUGGACAUGAUGGAGAAGCUCAUGAAAGUCAAAUUUAGAGGGAGUAGGACCGAGAAGCUACAAGAGGCCAUCACAGAGCAACUCAAGAACAUACUGUUGGUGAUGAAAGCGAGUGGGAUCCUAUCAAAGAAAAGCAUCAGCGGGGAUUCCAGUUUGUGGGAAGCAACAUGGCUUCAAGUUAGCAAUAUCACACCUUUGCUUCAGUCAGUAAUUUUCCCUGGUAAUGAUGGUGAUGAUGCAGCACAAAGUACACAAGACAAGUUGGAUAGUCCAGCAGUUUCUGAGGGGAGAUUAGUUAGCGUCAAAUGAUGUCUUCCAGUAAAUCGGCUACAGUUAUGCAAGUGCUUCCUAAAACAAUAGUAUGAAUGUACAUUGUGUCCUUGCAUUCUCCAGCUGCUACUCGGUCAGAAAUAAAUACACACAGCUUGCACAAAUUA